CGCAGUGGUAUCGCCCGGCAGCAGACGCAGGAAGCAGUAGUAGCUGCCGCCCAAGCCUCCCCCGUGUCCCCGGCACAGUGGUAGAGGCCGGUUUCGCUUGUCGCCAGCCCCCGCCGCCUCAGUCGGACCUAGCCGCUGUUGCCGUGGGCGCCUCGUCCCUAUCUCCCUCUUCGGGCUCGUGUAUGAGUGAUUUAUAAUCCUGAGCCCGCCAUGUCAACUCCGGCCCGGAGGCGCCUUAUGCGGGACUUCAAGAGGUUGCAGGAGGAUCCCCCGGCCGGGGUGAGCGGGGCCCCUUCCGAGAACAACAUCAUGGUGUGGAACGCGGUCAUCUUCGGGCCUGAGGGGACCCCUUUUGAAGAUGGAACUUUCAAACUUACAAUAGAAUUCACAGAAGAAUAUCCAAAUAAGCCACCUACUGUUAGAUUUGUCUCUAAAAUGUUUCAUCCAAAUGUCUAUGCAGAUGGUAGUAUAUGUCUGGAUAUUCUUCAGAAUCGUUGGAGUCCAACCUAUGAUGUGUCCUCCAUCUUAACAUCCAUACAGUCUCUGUUGGAUGAGCCGAAUCCCAACAGUCCAGCAAACAGUCAGGCAGCUCAACUAUACCAAGAGAAUAAGCGGGAAUAUGAAAAACGGGUUUCUGCAAUAGUAGAACAGAGUUGGCGUGAUUGUUGACCCUGGAUGAUGCAAAUGAACACUCUGGUGAUGAGGAAAAUAUAUAUGAAGUGUCUGAGUCAUCUUCCUCCUAGCAUCAUUGCAUUUACUUUGAACGCAAACUAGCUGUUGUGCUGUUGCCACUCUCCCUUGCUGAAGCUUCCCUUCCUUGGACAUCAGAAAGCACCCAUUUUGAAGUCAAAUGUACUGUACUUGGGUUACUUGCAAAAGAAUUACUGAUGCUGAAUUCAUUUUUCUGUGGUCCCCCUUCUCCAGUCUUAGGGCAGUAUUGUGCAUUUCUGUAGUGUACACUAAGCUUUUAAUUGUAAUUGUGUUAUACACAGUGAUGCUUAUGUGUAGCUUGAUAAAAGGGAUGUUUAUAUACGUAUAUACAUUUUUUUAACUGAUAUUACUAGAGUGCUGAUCUGUCCAGGCUGGUCACUUACCUCGACUGUUGGUUUUAGACCCCACUGCAUUUGUAAGUACUGCAGGAAGAAUUAACUUUUUUCUUUUCCCUGGUCUUAUUGGGUUGUCAACUGUUUAGAAAUACAAAACAUAACUGAUUGAUGGCAGUCCAACUAAUCAGAUAGUGAAAAUGGAGGAUACUGGCUGCUUCUGCACUUAAGGUAUGAUUACUGUUAUGGUACUUAAGGUGACAUGCAAAGUACCUCCUUUUAAUUUACAAAAAUGGGUUUUAAAGGAUAUGCCUAUGAGGAUAUUGAUGAAAUAGGUUACUUUAGUCCUCUCAGUAAGGUACUGACUGGACAUACCCAUGUUGAGCUGUUGUACUUAAGUUCAAAAUCUUGCUAACUUUACUAUUUUGAGUUAAAAAAUUGAGGUAGGAAAAAACAAAGCUUCAGAGGUGGGAUCACAUUCAUUAGCACUUGAUUCCCUCUAUCUAACUGUAAUAGUUAAAACAUUGCCAGAAUGCAACUCUGGUGUGGAAAGUGAAUUAAGAAUUGUAAGAUGGGGCACUUGAGGCUGUGCAGUUCCUGCUCUUUGUAAAUUACUGGUGAGGUGCAUGUGUGCGCAACAGCUACAUGCUUAUUAGUUUCCACCCAAUUCAAUGAAAAUAUCUUUCCCUGUUUGAAAAGGUAUGAGUUUGAAUUUACAAUCUUUUGCAAGUUUGUAUAUUUUGGAGGCAGUACUUUUUUUAAACAGCAGUGUGAGAUGAGACCUAUAACUGUGUUGUCCACUGUCCCCAUAACUCAUGUGCACAUUGGUCUGUUGAAAGUAUAACUUUGCAUAAGUAACCCAUGUAAGAAACUGUACAUUUUUCAAAACUUGUAAAUAAAAGUGUAACCUUA